CGAUACUCCCAUAAGGGUCCGGAUCUUUGAGGAUGUCAGAGAGAUACCACCAGCUUUAUUUGAAUCGUUAUCCGUCUGAUCUCCAGCAAGCUAUAGGUAGGAAUGACUAGGCUGGGUUCGAUAAUCUACUUGAUUCGACAUAUGUUUCUUUCUGCUCCUUCCUUCCUCUCUACAACCAACUGCAUUCCUCCCACACAAAACAAAUCCAUCUAUCCGCAACAGUACACAGCCACGAGAAAUCAGAAUCAAGAAACAUGGAAUGUCUCGAAGCCGAUCUCCCGUCUGCACGUCUUCUCCCUCAGGCAAAGCGAAACCCCUGCUCCCCUGUCACUGGUUCAUUGGACCAUUGGACCAAAGACCAUGUUUUGAGAAUGUGGGCUAAUAAUGUAGGGUGGGCGGCUAAGUUUUGCAUGACACUAGUCCAAGUGGGACGAAUUAGUCCGGCUUACCUACCUUCG